CAAUUGUCAAUGUUCCCGGUCACUUAUCAAGUUGUGUAUUUUUGUGAUUUGUGAUUUUAACUUUGGUGUUUUCGUGGUAUUUUCUUGUUCCUUUUGUUGUCCUUUUCACGGCAAUCUCUUUUAAGAUGUCCUGUCGUAAUGCCUCACAUGCUGGUAGCUGGUAUACAGAAAAUGGGUCUGAAUUAUCGAGACAGUUAGAUCUAUGGCUGUCAAAAGCUGAUCUUACCCAUGGACCAGCACGUGCUAUUAUUGCCCCACAUGCCGGCUACUCGUAUUGCGGCGCCUGCGCAGCAUUUGCUUAUAGACAAAUUAGCCCAGUGGUGGUGAAACGUAUCUUCAUACUGGGUCCUUCGCAUCAUGUCAGACUUGGUGGCUGUGCGCUUUCAUCUCUAGAUAAAUAUGCUACCCCGCUGUAUGAUCUCACCAUAGACAAGCAGAUAUACGCCGAGUUAGAAGCAACAAGACAGUUUCAAAGAAUGGAUGUGACCACUGAUGAAGAUGAGCAUUCUAUAGAAAUGCAUUUGCCUUACAUCGCUAAAGUUAUGGAGGAGUACCAAAGCAGUUUUACAAUUAUACCAAUCUUAGUGGGGUCGCUUACUCCAGAGAAAGAGGCGAAAUACGGUUCCAUCUUAGCCCCAUAUCUCGCAGAUCCCCAGAACUUGGUGGUAAUAUCCUCGGAUUUUUGUCAUUGGGGAUCGCGGUUUCGUUAUACAUGGCGUGAUAACGCACGUGGAAAUAUAUAUCAGAGUAUUGAGUGGCUCGAUAAACAGGGUAUGGAUCUAAUAGAGAAAAUGGAUCCGGCAUCAUUCACAGCGUAUCUUAAUAAAUAUGGCAACACAAUUUGUGGGAGACAUCCGAUCGGUGUUUUGUUACAGGCAAUUGCUAAGCUGCAAAGCCAACCUAGUUGCCCGAAAAUGUCCAUGCAAUUUCUCAAAUACGCCCAAUCCUCGCAAUGUAUGACAAUGCAGGAUUCCUCUGUUUCUUACGCGAGCGCGUCUUUAGUAUUUGAGUAAGACUUGUAAUAAAAAUAUAUAAAUAUAGUAUAUAUAUUACAAGUCUGAUUCCUAGGCAGGCGUCAGACGGUCAAUUUAUAUCGCGAUCCAAUAUCACGGUAUAUCAAUAUAUGUAUAUUGAAUCAAUAUACAUAUAUUGAUAAUAAGGUCUGUGUUGCCAUAAUACAAUAACUUACCUUACUGCUAUAUUAAGGUAAGUUCAUUAAAGUAGUACUUUACCAAUUUUUUUUAAGCAUAAACAUAAAUACUUUACGUACUUUGUAAUAGACACGCACACAAAUAUUGACAGAUAUUGAUGGUUCACUAAUAAUCUAGAUUUUUUUGAAGUGAAACUUCUUUAGAAUCGUUGUGAUUUCAAACCGGUUGCAACGGAAAAGCGACAGUAAAAAGAGAUAAAUUCAUAAGAUUUAACGUGUGAGGAAAUGAGAUAGGACGCAUUAUACAGCCUCUUUUUACUGCCGCUUUUUCAUUUUAGUUUUUGCCAAAUUAAAAUGUAUCAUUAAAAUAUACUGUUUUUAAAGAAAAGUUUUAUACAUUUAAAUAGUGAAAAUAUGUUUGAUUUAUAUAUGAUUAAUUAUAAAAACUUUGUUUUUGAAGGUUUCAAUUCUACCACGUAUGAAUUGCACAUAUGUUUUUUUUUCUGCCGUGUAUGUCAAUUAAUUGACGAGAUCUUAAGGAUCUGAUUGACCGUCUGACCUCUGCCUUACUUUUGAGUAAAGUUUACUUAUUCCAAAGUAAAACUUUUCAGGUUCAAGCUUAUGUCAUUUUUAAUUUUAUAUAAAAAAAAUAUAAUAAACAGGAACUGCUUAGAAAUGUCUCAAAUUAUAAAACAGAUCUAAAAUAUAAUGUUUUAGAAAUAUUUUAAAUAGAAUUUACGUAUGAAAAUUAGUUAAUAUUAUAUUGUACAUGAGUUUACAUUUCACUCAUUACUUUAAGAGUAAAAGUUAAGUGAUUGUCACAAAUAUAUAAAAUUUUGUAAUAAAAAUUACUUAUCUGACUUUGUUUUGUUAACUUGAAAAGGGGGCACGUUUAAAAAAAACAUGAAAAUCGAGAAUGCGUUUAUUGUCAAAAUGUAGACUUGACAUAUGUUAUGACAUUGACAGACCGUCAUAGAUCUGUCAUGAGAGCGGUACUCACUUUUAACAUAAUUAACGAUUGAACACAGCCAAUUCGAUUUCUUGGCUUUACUAAAUUUCUUAAACUAGCGAUAAAUUUGGGACUUUCAGUAUGAAAAUUGCUUCGUUCAUAGUGUUGAAAGCAAGAAUUUACUCUCACAAUCUGAACGAAGCUAUAUUUUGAAUUAUUGGCAAUAUAUUGGUGGAUUUGAUUUAAUAGAAGAAUACAAAAUUGUUUUUGUGUAACCGUAGGAAAGAACAUUAUUUUAAUUUUUUGGCGAUAUUUAUAAAAAGAUUUUCCUGGAAUAAUUUCUUCCCUCCCUUUUCCUUUCCUUUUCGGCCCCCUUUACAAUGUAGUGUUAUAAAGGAUUUUGAGCGCUUGGAAUAAAUGCACAGCCUUUAUGGUAGUAAAACAUGCAUUUAAAGUAAGUAGCUGUAAGGAAAAAUAUAAUUAACAAGUUUAUACUUAUUACAUAACCUUCCAAAAUAUUUUUUUUACUAAAAUCCCUCAGAUAAUGGGUAACGUUUUCUACCUUUAAAUUUGACAGGAGUGAAAGAAGUUUUCUUUAUUUUACAAGUCUUAUAUCAUCGGUCUAUAUUUUUGGCUUUCACAGAUCUCAAGUCAGGAUUGAUUGUAGUACGACUUGCUUCAAUUUUCGGGAAAUAUGCGUGAUUGUUUCAGUAUUAAAUAUAAAAAACGUACAAUGAGCUUAAUUUAUUAAAUUUCCAUGAAUGAAUCAUACAUUUCUACACUUGCUGCCAAUAUAUAUUAUUAUAGCUAGACUAUUUUCGGUGCAUACUGCAUAUUAAUAAAAUAUAUUUGUAGUUUUAUUUAAUAUCACGGAGAUUAAAAUUAAAUACGUCUGAUUCAAUAUUUUAUUGGAAUAUAGUUUGAUUCGUCCGUACGAGCAACUUUUAGUUUUGUCACAUAUUUAACGUUUUGUUAAAAUAACUGAAAAAAAUAACGCAUAUUUCCUAUUCCGGUUGACUGCGAGAAUAUUUUUUAGCAUUUAUUUUUUAAAUAAAAUAUUUCUUGUGAAAUAACAAUAGGAAUAUUGUUUUGGUUCUCUAAUUUGUUAGAUUUAAAACUAUAUUAUGUUGGUGUUAACAAGAUUUGAUAAUUAAA